AGAUUUUAAUUUUGAGGAUUAAUAGUAACAAAAAUGCAUUUUCAGUAUUUACUGAAGCAAUGGAUAUCUACUGAUGCUGUGUACGUAUGACUCACCAGUCUCUCAUUCUUACAAAAGGACAUUUCUUUUACCAGAAGGAUACUUCAAUCAAUAUUAUGUAACGGUACUCAAAAUAUACUGCCGUGUACUGUGCUGUCACUAUUUUAAAAGCAUUGUUGACUGACUACCUUUCACAAAUGUUGAAGUAAUUUUGAACUAAUAGGGUUACUUUUGAAGAAAUAUGCAUUCUGUAGCUGCUCAUGCCUUAAUAAAAGUAUGCAGUGUAUUAAAGAUGUUUCUUAAGCAUUUACUCGGAAGUACUCAGAAAAAGUGGCAGUAGUAGUAACAUUAGGAUAACUAGAAAUUAUCUCAGUUGUUACAGUUUAAGAGAAAUACUUAAUGACACCUGAAGUGUACUUCUGAAAAUACCGUUCUCAAAAUAACAGUAAUGGUUUGGGGAAAAUUACAUUGAUAUUAAUUGUAUGAUUUAAUAACCUGUGACAGGCUCACUAACAGAAUGCCAUAAGUAACAUAACUUUAGCAGAUCAAAUGCAGGUUGCCUUCAUGAAUGUAAUGAUUCAGAUCUGUCUCACUGUUUGACAUUUAAGCCCCAAGCCAGAACCUGAUACAGUUUCAUUUUUCAAAUGUCUUUCCUGCUGUUCUGAUUCAUGUAGUAAUGAUUUCAGACACCUGUGCUCACUGAAAUAAAUGAUACACUAUAAUCCGGAUGAUGGCACAGACAUUUUUCUUUUCCAGUCUACUCAUAUCCUAGUUCUCUGUCAUGCUUAUUUAUUUAAAUUCCCAUGUUUUUCUUAUUUUUGAAGUCGCCUUCCCAAGCACUGUCCCCACUUUCCAGACACCUUUCCUCCUCUUGGUCACACAUAGAUCAAAAGAUUCUCCAGGCUGCCUCUAGUGACUGGUUUUCAAGGACUGUUGUUUUUUCACCUUCAAGCGUGUGCAUCUUACCUCCUCCACCAUUUCCAGACAGUUUUCUUUGUGAUUUAGAAGAACUCAAUUCUUUGGCAUUAACAACAUCCCAAUCUGUAGCAAGAUCCCCAGGUAAUAGCAUUCACCAAGUUAAGGAUGAUCACUUUAUUCCAAAUACAGAGGUGUCUCUCAGCUCUCCUACAGCUCUUCCUCUGCCCUUUCUUGUAUCUACCUCUGUUUCAUAUUCAGCCAGCUCGUCUCAUGACAUAGCAUAUAAGCAUAGCAGCAACAGUACCAAACCAGGAAAAAAUGAAGACUUGAGAGGUAUACUUGACUCUUCAGUUAUCAAAGUACCUAGAGACUUGUCAGAUACAAGAGAGGGGGAACAUGGCACUAUCAGUAACAUCCCUUCACCCCAUGAAGGUAGCUCCGUCUCCAGAGUGCUAGCUGCAACUGCUGAAAAUGAAGAGGAAAUCCGUACCGCAGAUCUGUCAGUUAAUAUAGGGGAUCAGUCAAAGCCUCAAGAAUCAGAUUUCUACAGAGAAGCACAAGACACAAUGGAAGAACUGGCAAGACUCUAUAUAGAGGAGGAUCUGGGACAUGACAAUUUAAAAUUCCCAAUAGCAAGUGGAGGAGACUCCAUGGUAUGCUAUGAAGGAUGCACUUCACCAAAUAUUGAUAAGGCACCAACUUCUCACUCUGCUCCUACAACAACCCUGUCUACUGCUUCCCUCUCACCUCCUCUCCUUUCUAAACCCUUACAUCAGCAGGAGAAAGACUCACCAAAGUUAAAGGUAACUGCACCUUUUGAGUAUGGAUUGUUGCAAAUCUUAGUGUUUAUUAUUAAAUAACUGCAAGGCUAACACUGAGUUUGAUCUUUUCAGAUAUAUUGUUUCCUUUACUAAUAUUAAAUAACAUAGCACAUGCAGUAUUAAGAUAGGCCUUCUUCAAAUGAAACACAAGGUAAAACUAUAACUGUUAUGAUACAAUGAAAGAUACCAGUGAUAGGACAGCUGAAAGCCUUCAACUCAAUUUCAAGUCCUUACCAGAACAUCAGUAACUCUUAUUUAAUUGAAAGAAACAGAGUCAUAUUCAAGCACACAGAAACUAAGUAACAUUUGUAGUUUAAAAGUGUUUUCAAUUUUAAUCCAAAGCCUGGGAGAACACUCAUAAAUUUCACAAUAAAGGACCACUGCAGAGCAUCAUGUUCUAAGUACCAGUUCUGUUAGUCAAGGACUGAACAAAGAUUAUUCCCUUUUCAAGACUACGCUUUGUGUCAGCAUUGCAGCUCUGUAGCAGAAAAAUGAAAUCUGGAAAGCCUAUUGCUCUAGAUAGACAAAGUCAAUUCCCAGUGCAGUUUAGACCCAAAGGCAAUCUCCAGUGCUGACUUCCAGAGAGUCCAUUUGCUCAUGAAAAGGAGAAAAAGUCAUGUAAAAAGUUUGAGAAACUAAACAAUCCUAGAAAAAGUAACCAUUACAUCUAUGGCAAAAAAACCCCACAAACAUAUUUUUUUAAAAAAAUCUACCAUGUCUUACAGUGUGUAUUCAUGGAAAACCCAGACAUA